CGGGUCCAGGACGGACCAGGCCAGAGGGCUUCACCGUGCACCUCCUCUGCACUGGAACAGUCCGUUUGAAAUUCUCUGGAAACUCUAUACGUCCAGAAGAAGUUGGAGGCAGAAACAAGACUGAAGGAAGGAUGGCAGGGGAAAGACCAAGCUAGCUGGUUGAAGUCACAUCAGACACGCUCUGCUGGGGCCUGAGGGGGCUGCAAGGCCAACGCCAUGAGCUGCCAUGCGGGGGCCUCUGGUGUGAAUGGAUCAAGCAGAGUUGGAAGUCAAGGAACUGAGGAAGCCAGUGAAGAAAGAGAAACGUACACCUCAUGUUUAAAGACAGUGAGACCUUCUCUGAGGAGUGCAGAUCCGGCUGGAGAGGGGAGGUUGAGGGAUGGGGAGCAUCUGAUGAGACCUGCCCUGCCGGGGAGGAAAUCCCACAGGAAGACCUGCAGAGAGGAAGGAAGAGGACGACGGAGAGCGGACAACCAAGAAACUGAGGAGGAGAGACACCGUGUUGGACAUGUAGGAGGAAGGGACAGAGGAAAACAAAGGCAGAGGAAGACUGAGAGAACUGAGACACAUGGAGAUAGAGGGACAGGAAGCACUGGAAGUUCAUCCAGCUGUAAUUCUUUGGAAGCUGGAGAAGGAUCACACAACUUCCAGAGAGGACACGCAUGUCUCAGACCUCUCAGUAUCGCCUGCUCCCAGACCACCCCGAUCAAUUUAAAUGCCCAGUCUCCUCGGCCAACAAUGAGAGCCGGGUCUUCUUCUCUCCCUCAGCCUCCCAUCCAAUCCAGAACCACACCUCUGUCUCCUGAGGGGCACCCUGCAGGAGCCUCGCACCGCCACCCGCUUAGUUCCUCCAGGGAGCCAGAUCCUUUCUGGGUGGGGGUCAGAACGGGGCCAGCAACUGGGAGAUCAUCGCAGAGCCGUCAUAGCACAGAGUUAGGAGAAGAGGAGGAGGGUGAAGAAGAGGAGGAGAGCGAAGAUGGCGAGGAAGAAGGCAGCGGCGUUUUAGAUGUGAUGAGUCAGGCCGUGACCCCGGCAGUGGUGCCGCCCUGUGUUCCGUUUGGAGAGUGGAGGAUGAUUAAAAGAGAGAAGAACAGGAUUAAGUGUCUGAGGAGGAGGCAGAGGAGGAGGGAGAGGUGGAGACAGAGUCAACUGGAGAGCAGACAGAGUUCCACAGGAAACCCGUCCAGCAGCAGCAGUGAGGACGAGGAGGACGUGAGCGCCGGGGACAGAGAGGGUUACAUCUGCGCUGUGUGUUUGGACGUGUACUUCAGCCCGUACAUGUGCCACCCCUGCAACCACGUCUUCUGUGAACCCUGUCUGAGGACGCUGGCUAAGAACAGUCCCACCAACACCCCCUGCCCCCUCUGCAGAACCAUCAUCACGCACGUCUUCUUCCAGAAGGAGCUGAACCAAACGGCGAGAACGUUCUUCCCGAAGGAAUACCUCUCCAGGAAACAGAAUUUUCAGAAAGCGAGUUGUGCCAAGUGGCCUUUACCGAGCUGCAGGAAACUUUUCCGUAUCUUCGGAGGUUUCCAGCGACAACCCAGUCCCAACGCCAGACGCCAGUUCUCCCGUGGAGGAGGCUUUCGUCUGGAUGCUCUGGACUUUGAGGAAGACUCUGGAGGCUGGCACUUUGACAUGGACAUGGUCAUCAUCUACAUCUAUUCAGUCAACUGGGUCAUCGGCUUCUUCAUAUUCUGCUUCCUCUGCUACCUCUUCUUCCCUUCUUUUUGACGCUGCUGGAAACAGUGAGAUCAGAGAGAGAGAGGGAAUAGAGAAGACACUCCAGGACGAGGGUAAAGUAAAGUUAAAGGAUAUAUAUGCAGUAGUAUAUCUACACUGUAGGUAUGUAUAGAUUCCAAGCAGGUGGGACGGAGUGGUGGAAGGAAAACAACAGUGUACCAGCUUGUGGCUCUCAUUAAUAAAUGAUCUAAAUGGGGAAAUGGUGUAGGGUCUGUUUGGGAACGUUCUCUGUUCUCCGUCUCCACAUGAU